AAUGUAAGUAAUCAGGAAGUAGGUUCAGUUUACACUGCAGCCAGUUUUUGUCAGAGACAGUUAGAGUAACAUUUCCGUGAAUAAUGGAGGAUGGCGGAGCUGCUGUGACGGACUGGAAGAACACUAAAGAGGCGGUGGAGAGAUUUAGGCGGCUUCGCCUCUGCUCCAGGUGCUCAGAUUUAAUGAAGGAGCCCGUGUGUCUGGGGAUGUGUGAGCAUAUGCUUUGCAGGUCCUGUGCGGGCCCUGGGGCGGGAGACGGCUGUGUGGUGUGUCAUAGUCCUGCGUGGGUGAAGGACAUUCAAAUCAACAGGCAGCUGAGCAGCAUCGUGCAGCUCCUCUGCGGUUUGGAGUCUCUGCUCGGCCUCACAGAAGAGCCAGAUUCUUCUAACGCCGUUAUUCCCCCACAACCUGAGAGUCCUGUAUUAAAACACAAAAAGAAUUUCAAGAUCUGGUUCAGCCCCCGCAGCCGUAAGGUCCGCUGCACGGUGGAGAAGCCUGCAGAGGUCACCAGAGCUUCUAAAGAAGCGGCUACAGCAAAGCCAGAGUCGCUCACCGCUCAAGGUCAGGACUUGUCCGUUUUCAAUUUCACCUCGUCCUCCCAGGACUCGGGCUCCGGCUGCUCAGAAGGAUGCAAAAAUGAAAACUCCAAUAAAAAAAAGAGGUCAACUAAGAAAAACACUGCUGGCAGGAAGGCAUCGGUGCAGGUAGCUCCAAGGACCACACGGAAACAGAGCAAACAGAUGAUGAAGAAGAGCAGGCUGGAGGCGAUAAACCAGCAGUGGGGAAUCACAGAGGAGGUAGAUGCCCUAAAGGAGAAGGAGCUGCCCUGUGCUGGAGGAGCAAGGAGGUCUAGUAAGAGGGUUUCCUUCUUAAGCCCUUCUGUCACAUCUGAAGAGCCUCAGCCUGAAGCUGCACAGCAGAGAACUGAAGAAGUAAGCCCUGACAGAAGCACCGAGGGGGCGAGCCUCUCAGGAGGCAGUGUCACUACACACACUGACCAAACCCAGCCUCGUCAGAGCACACCAGACAAUGGUAAACUGCCUCAAAAUGACCCAAAUCCAGCUGGAAGUCCAGAGAAACAGAACAAUGCAUCUACCCCAAAGCAAUCCUCAAAAAGAUCCAGAGUGGAGGAGAAGCUAGCCACACCAGAGACCACCCCAAAAAGGCCUCGAGCUUCCCCCGGCAGGAGGAGAAAUUCACAGAUGUCUCCAGCCAUCCUUAACCCUCCAUCUUCAGCCAGCCCCAGAUGUGAUAAGAGAAUAAAAAAAUCACCAAGGCGAGAACGAGGAGACAGCCCGUCUCUCCCUGCAGCUGUUGGCAGAAGGUCUCCUAGUGUGUCUUCUGUGCGGACCACCUCAGGGAGCCCUGCAGUUACAAAGAGGAACCACAGAGGAGAGACCCUGCUGCAUCUAGCUGCUAUUAAGGGAGACGUAGAAGCUGUCAGGGGGCUGCUGGACCAGGGGUCUGACCCAAACCUGAAGGAUAAUGCUGGCUGGACUCCUCUGCAUGAAGCAUGUAACCUGGGCCACCUAGCAGUUGUGGAAGUGCUGCUCUUGAGUGGCGCCCUCCUGAAUACACCUGGCUACGAAAACGACUCCCCUCUCCAUGACGCUGUGAGGAACGGCCACCCGGCCGUCGUCAAGCUUCUGCUGCAGCACGGGGCCUCUCAGAGCGUGCUUAAUCUGCAUGGAAAGCGGCCUGUCGACUAUGCAGUGAGUCCGGAGAUGCUGCAGAUUUUCCAGGAAGCCUCGGCAGGAAGUAGAAAUGCUAAUACACCUCUGAGCCCCUCAGCCAGCCUCUCUGUGGUGAGCGAGUGUGCGAGGAGGGAGGAAAUGGUGGUGUUUCUUUCCAGCAAGCUAUCACAACCGGAACAGCUUCAACUGGCCAAACUGGGCGAGCUACUGGGAGGGAGGAUUGCUGACACAGUUUCUGGCUCAGUCAGCCAUGUUGUUGUGCCAGAGGGACACAUGCCCACCACCUUCUCCGCCCUCCUGGGUCUCCUCGCUGGCUGCUGGAUCGUUAAAUUCAGCUGGGUGGAAGCGUGUCUGCAGGCAGGCAAGUGGAUCCCCGAAACGGAGCACGAAGCAGGAGAAGGCCCGCAGCGCAGUCGCAUCAACAGAUGCAGCCUGCUCCCUCCGCUCUUUGACGGCUGUUUCUUCUUCCUCCUCGGCUCCUUUAAGACGCCUCCGAAAGACGAACUCGCCAGGCUGCUCCGAGAGGGAGGAGGUCAGCUGCUCAGCCGGCAGCCCAAGCCCGACAGCGAUGUGACACAGACCCUGAGCGCCGCCGCCUACCACGCACUGCCAGGCUCCGACCAGGCUCUCUGCACCCAGUACAUCAUCUUUGAUCCCCGGGGGCCGCACAGGCCGGCCGUGGUGAGGAGAGGGAAGGUGUGGUCGGCUCCAUCCAGCUGGGUCAUUGAAUGCAUCACAGCUUUCCAGCUCCUCCCUGUGCCAGAUCCUCAGACCGUGGUCUGAGCUCCUCUGUAGAAAUGCAGUUAUCAUUUCACUCAGUCAGCUUGUCUUCUCUUCUACUCAGUCAUGAUGUUUGCUGAAUUACUUUUUAAUAUAUAGCAAUGAAGUUAGCACAAAUCAGAACAAUAACGGGACAAUAAUGCAGUGUUUGCUCUGAAAUUACAGCAGUUAUCGGUGCAUUUUUCUCUCCCUUUAUUUGUCCGUGAACCGGUGAACACUUUAUAAAGCUGUUUUCUAAGUAAAGCGGUUCUGCUCUGCUCUUAAUGGGGUCAUGGAGAGGAGACGGGUGCAGGUUUUCCUGAUCUGAGUCACAUUUUACCCACCAAGGCUGAGACAUUAUGCCUUACUUGACUUCACUUCUUGACAGAUUGUAUUGCAGUUCCUUAAUAGUAGAUAAUAUUGAUUAUUGCAAAUUUAAAAUCAUUUUUAGCCAGGACAGUAUUCAGCUCAUACAACAGGAGAAAGAAUAAUCUUAGUCUAGUUUGCUGCAUUUUAGAUCAUGCCAGUCUUUACGUUCAUCAUGUAUUAGUUUUCUUUGUAGAGCGAUUGCCCUUUCGUGAACCUGUAUGCUGCUGAUUUUAGUCCAUCCUCUGAGAACAACUCUCCAUAAAGAUAAACUGAGCUAACA